UAGGCACCGACGCGUUCUUGGACCUUGCAAAGAGAAAUGGUGAAAAGCAAGUAAAGGGAAAAAUGGGGCUUCUGUUCUCCUCCCCCGCCGCCGCCGCCUCCGACGACGGCGACUCCCACGUCCUCGCUAUCCACUCCAAGGACGCCUGGAACGACCACUCGCAGUCUCACGGAGACUCCUCCAAGCUGAUGGUGAUCGAUUUCUCGGCAUCGUGGUGCGGACCGUGCCGCUUCAUGGAGCCGGUCUUCAACGCUAUGGCCGCCAAGUACACCGACGUGGUCUUUGUCAAGAUCGAUGUCGACGAGCUCUCGGAGGUGGCGCAGCAGUGGAGGGUGCAGGCAAUGCCGACCUUCGUUCUGGUGAAGGGAGGGGGCGAGGUGGGCAGGGUGGUGGGCUCGAAGAAGGACGAGCUCGACAAGAAAAUCGAGCAGCUGAGGUCUUGAAAGGUAUGCUUGUUGGUGUGUUCCUCUCCCAUCCUUAACCUUUUCUUCUGUUGGUGAAUGCCAGAUACUUGGAUAAUUGGCAAGAAUAAUUAAGAUUUUCUGCUUCCGCUUUUAUAAUUGUGAACAAUAAUGUUUAUAUUUAUGGCUAGAAAUUUGCUGACCUGAUUGGGCAUUUUGUUACUGGUGCAAGUAAAACUCUGACAUUGGAAUGUUUCAUCAUCAUGCCUGAUGGGUUUACACUUU